GGAUGUGAUCUGUGCGAAAUCGGAGCUUAAUGGCGGCCGGCGCGUACACGGAUCAGCUCGAAGCUUACUUCAGGCGAGCGGAUUUGGACGGAGACGGCAGGAUCAGCGGUGCUGAGGCCGUCGCUUUCUUUCAGGGCGCCAAUUUGCCCAAGCCAGUGCUUGCUCAGAUAUGGAUGCAUGCGGAUCAGAACAAAACUGGUUUCCUUGGUCGGCCAGAAUUUUAUAAUGCUCUUAGACUUGUGACUGUGGCUCAAAGCAAGAGAGAUUUAACGCCGGAUAUUGUCAAGGCGGCAUUAUACGGGCCAGCUGCUGCAAAGAUUCCUCCCCCACAAAUUAAUCUUUCAGCCCUAGCUGCACCUCAAGCAAAUCCCAUGGCUGGUGCACCUGCUCCACAGAUGGGUAUAGGGACACCAUCAACAUCUCAAAGUUUCGGGUUUAGAGGAUCUGGAGCUCCCAAUGCAGGUAUGAACCAGAAUUAUUUCCAGCCACAGCAAAACCAGUCCAUGAGACCUCCUCAAGGCAUGCCCCCUGGGAUGCCUAAUACUAUCCAUUCCCGACCACAACAGGGAUUUGGAGGUGGUGUGGGGGGUCCCAAUGUAAUGAACUCAAAUAAUUGGCUUAGUGGAAGCACUGGUGCACCUCCUCCUGGUCCCAGAGGAAUUAGUUCCUCCAUGCCCUCAUCUACAACACAACCACAACCUCCGGUGUCAUCGUCUUCCCUGCCUACUGUUAAUGACAGUAGAUCAUUAGUUCCUUCUGGAAAUGGGUUUGCUUCGAAUUCGGGUUUCUCAGGUGGUGUAUUUUCGGCAACCCCUCAAUCAAAGCCAGGAGCUUCUGGGUCAACAUAUUCUGCUAGUAGUGCACCUAUGCCAUCAGCCAUUGUUCCAGUUUCAAGUGGGUCUCAAUCUUCUAGUAAGCUCAGUGCACUUGAUUCACUGAGUGCAUUCACAAUGCAACCUUCUGGUGGCCAGUUUCAGCAGCCCCAUGCACCAUCAAACCCAAGCCAGCAAGUUUCAGCUGCGGUUACUACCUCUUUUUCAUCACCUUCAAUUUCAGUUGGAGUUGGAAACUCUAAUUCUGAGAAUUCACAGCCUCCUUGGCCAAAGAUGAAGCCAUCUGAUGUUCAGAAAUACACAAAAGUCUUCAUGGAAGUAGACAGUGACAGAGAUGGUAAAGUCACUGGAGAGCAGGCACGAAAUUUAUUUCUCAGUUGGAGGUUGCCAAGAGAGGUUCUAAAGCAGGUGUGGGACUUAUCUGAUCAGGACAAUGACAGCAUGCUUUCCUUAAGAGAGUUCUGCUUUUCUCUCUAUUUGAUGGAGCGUUACCGGGAAGGUCGGCCUCUUCCAGCUACACUUCCAAGCGAUGUUAUGUUGGAUGAGACACUGAUAUCGAUGACAGGUCAACCAAAAGUGGGUUAUGGAAAUGCAGCUUGGAGUCCCCACCCAGGCUUUGGACAACAUCAAGGAAUGCAAGGUUCCCAGAUGAUGCCACCUGGUACUGGUUUGAAGCCACCAAUUCAGGGAAAUGCCCCUCAGGGUGAUCGUGCAAUGCAACCGAAUCAGCAAAAUUUGAGAGUGCGAGGAAUGGUGGCUCCAAACCAGCUUGACAAUGGGAAGCAGGAUUCAGCGAACUCAAAACCUCAAGACCCUAGCGAGGCAGAGAAAAAGGUUGAAGAAAUUGAGAAUGUGAUUCUGGACUCAAGAGAGAAGAUUGAGUUCUAUCGCACAAAAAUGCAGGAACUUGUGCUGUAUAAGAGCAGAUGUGAUAACAGAUUAAAUGAGAUCACGGAAAGGGCACUGGCUGAUAAGCGUGAGGCUGAACUACUGGCUAAGAAAUAUGAAGAGAAAUAUAAACAAGUGGCAGAAAUAGCAUCUAAGUUGACCAUUGAAGAGGCCAUGUUUCGCGAAGUUCAGGAGAGGAAGACUGAAUUGCAUCAAGCAAUUGUUAAAAUGGAGCAAGGAGGUAGUGCUGAUGGUAUCCUUCAGGUCCGUGCUGAUCGUAUACAAUAUGAUCUUGAGGAACUAAUAAAGGCUCUUACUGAACGUUGCAAGAAACAUGGGAUAGAGAUGAAGUCAGCUGCAAUAAUCGAGCUUCCAACUGGCUGGCAACCUGGAAUUCAAGACGGAGCAGCUGUUUGGGAUGAAGAAUGGGACAAGUUCGAAGACGAAGGAUUUGGCAAUGAUCUCAAAAUUGAUUCCUCAACAAAACCUGACUCUGGAUCUGUCCAGAGAGAAAAGGCUUCCCCAGAUCGUAGUUCAACUCCUGAUUCAUCAUUUGUUGCUAAUGGAAAGUCAGGAAUUUCUUCCAGCAAUGGUGAUCAUGCACAUGAAAGUGAUUCUGUUUUCACCCACAGUGAAGAUGAACAUGUAAGAAGUCCCAAUGGCAGUCUAGCUGGAAGGACUGCUGUAGACAGCCCGUCUCGAGACUUCUCAGAUAUCCACUAUGGUAAAAAUUCCGAAGCAGAUGGAGAAACACAUGGAAGUUUUGAUGAAUCAACCUGGGGUGCCUUUGACAAUAAUGAUGAUAUUGACUCUGUUUGGGGUUUCAAUGCUGACAAGGGCAAGGACUCAGAUUCUGAGAAGCACCGAGAUUUCUUUGGAUCUGAUGACUUCGGUGUCAACCCAGUAAGAACUGGAUUCCCGAAUGCAGAUACCGCCUUUCAGAAAAAGAGCAUUUUCUUUGAGGAGUCUGUUCCUAGCACACCAGCCUCGAGGUUUGCCAACUCGCCAAGAUACAGUGAGGCUGGGGAUCAGUACUUUGACAGUGGUUUCUCAAGGUUCGAUUCAUUCAGUAGCAGGCAAGACAGUGGUUUUUCUUCUCAACCUGAGAAGUUCUCAAGGUUCGAUUCCAUAAAUAGCACUAGAGAUUUUGGCCACUCAAGGUUUGAUUCCAUAAGCAGCAGCAGAGACUUUGGCCAAAGUCAUGGCCUCACAAGGUUUGACUCCAUAAACAGCACAAAAGAUUUUGGCCAGGGUACAUACUCUUUCGAUGACUCAGAUCCAUUUGGCUCUUCUGGCCCCUUCAAGGUCUCAUCAGAGAGUCAAAAUGCAAAGAAGGGUUCUGAUAAUUGGAAUGCUUUCUAGCCGGCAAUCCACUAUAUUAUUGUACCUCACAAAACCCCACAUUUUUUUUUUCUCUUCUUUUUCCCCAUUUUGUU